AUGCACUUCCUGUCUGUUGCUGCAGUUGCUGUCGCGUGCUUUUUCUCUGCUGUCCAGGCUCAGGAGUGGAACGCAGUCUUCGUGAACAAUGGCGGCUUCCAAUUCCUUGACUCAAACAAUGCCUUGAUCGAAACUACGGCCCAGUCCAGUGUUGAACAAGUUGACGCAAACCACGACAAGGGCGAACGCUUCCGCUUCCCGACAGGCUCAGGUGGCAUCCUCAUCAGCCAGGCGCAUGAGAACCAUGCUGUUGGAUUCGACAACGGCAAGAACGAGUUCCACGCUGACUUCGCCCAGGACCAUUUCGACGCUCUCGUCACCGUCAGCCUUAACGGCAACCAAGCUUCGUUCUGCAAUGGCGACCACUGCAUUGGCGCUGGUGGACGGCCAACGUCUGAGAGGUUCCAGUGGACCAUCCAGGGUAUUUCUCAGGCUUAA